GUUAAACCAGACUAGGAAUGAACCUUCAGCUGAGAACAUCUGCUGCUUGUGUGCAUUCAGAGAUCCCGCGCUCCUCUGCCCAAAUGGUACUGGUUGUGCCAGACCCUUCUGCAAAGGAAUGGCCAUAGAAACUGAGCACUGUGUGGCGCCUUGUGAACCACAGCAUUUAUCAACAAGCCUGCAGGAGAACUCCUUCAGCAGCAGCAGCACGACUGUCACUGAGACUGAAGGUGAAACCAACUCCCUACAUGAGGACCAAACAGUUUGUUCCAAACUCAGAGAUGAAAAUAAUAAAGAAAACUACCCAGAGAGAGUCACAGAACUUGAGGACAGCGCUUCGUCAUCAUGGGACGUUCCAGCUCACUCAGAGAAGAAGAUGUUCGAUGUCCCAACCAGGCAUGGAGUUGGCAUCUUGCAAACCAAGCAGCCCAAGUCCAAGGGCCAUAAAGAAAGUCAGCAGGAAAGUGAGAAUGGAAUCCCAUGCCUCGCCGAGAGUUGGCCAACAAAGGGACUGGCGUCUUAUGAUCAUCCCCACCAUGUUCCCCUGAGAGGGGCAGCGGAGUAUCAGGCAAGAAACAGUCCCAUCAUGCGUGUCCAGCCGAAGGAGCCUGGGGAGCCGCUGCAGUACAUCACCGAGAAUCCCUUCCUGAAGCUGCAGGCCGCCGAGACUGAGCUGUGCCCGGCUUUCCUGCCAUGCCAGGAGGAGCUGAUCCCUGGUCACUGCUCCAAGGAGACCCCCAGCCCCCUCGCCCAGUGUGUGCCCAGCGAUUGUGCCAACCAUACAGAACCAGUAUCAGUCCACUGGGACUCUCAGAGUGAUGCAGAUUAUGGGUCGGAUGAUCACCGAAGCUUCGGGACGAGCCGGCUGUUGUUCCACAUCACUGAUGGAGAUAACCCCCUACUUUCCCCGCGUUGCUCCAUCUUCAGUCAGAGCCAGAGAUAUAACUUGGAUCCAGAGUCUGCCCCAUCUCCUCCAAGUGCUCAGCAGUUUAUUAUGCCGAGGAGUUCCUCGAGAGGUAAUUGCGAAGUCUCCAAGGAGCCCCUGACAGUCGUGCAGCUCACCAAACAAAUCCAGAGCCUCAAAAGGAAGAUCAGGAAAUACGAAGAGAAAUUUGAGCUGGAGAAAAAUUAUCGGCCCUCCUACAUCGACAAAACGUCCAAUCCCGAAGUCCUGAAAUGGACGAAUGACUUGGCCAAGGCCCGCAAACAGCUCAAAGAACUUAAGCUGAAAAUGUCUGAAGGCCAAAGUGUACCAAGGGGUGUACAGAGCAGCACGUUCGAGGAAAUCUGUGUCCCGUCCAUUGGGAUGGAACCGCCGGAGGCAUCGAGCACAUCCGUGUGUUCCGUGGAGGAAACAGUAGAAACCGUAUGGAACCGACUGAAAGAGAAAAGGCAGUUUCUUAAUCUUCCUGAGACACUGAAGGGUACAAAGCAGGAGCGAAGCCUUAUGAAACCCCUCUAUGACAGAUACAGGAUUAUCAAGCAGUUAUUGUCUACGGCAUCAUUGAUUCCGACUAUACACGAAGAGGAAGAUUCGGAUGAUGACUGUUCCCAGAGAGGCAACGAGUACGGCCUGACGGCAGAGUCGGACAGCGCAGUAGAUGAGCCCUUUAUGUACUAUAGCGCAGAACUAGAACCUACCUUUGCGUCUACGCUGGAUGACCGGCCCAUCAGGCAACCUGCCCUCUCCAUGUCCAACUUGCACGAGGCUUCUAUGCCCGAGCUCCUUGAUCAGCUUCGAGAGACCAGAGCCGACAAGAAAAGGUUACGGAAAGCUUUAAGAGAAUUCGAAGAGCACUUUUUGAGACAGACUGGAAGGACGGUGCAGAAAGAAGACCGGAUCCCCAUGGCGGAGGAGUACUGUGAAUACAAGCAGAUAAAGGCAAAGCUGCGGCUAUUGGAGGUCCUGAUCAGCAAGCAAGAUGUCUCCAAAACCAUUUAGGACCCUCACACUCCCCUUUCUCGAACAGUUCUACUAUAGUAACAUCUGCUGUUCUGUCCGCACACCCUUGUACAACACUGAUGUACUCGUGCACUUUAAUUGUUCUACACUACCUGGGCGCGUUCAUUAGCAGCAAGUUCCCUCCGAGGGAGCCCCUCUGACUACAGUAGCCAAGAGUCCUGAUGAAGGCAAGAAUGUGCAAUAUGUAAUACGUCUGUUUUGGGGGGGGGGGGUUCUUUUUCUUUCAUGUGGGCAGGUAUCCAAUGACUACUUGCUGCUUCUGUUGCUCAGCUAUAUGACCCAAGGAGUACUGGGUCACGGGUGCAGGUCCCAGAGGUGGCAUAUACAGUGUAUGCUUAUUGUCGUGCCCUAGACAUUGGCUUUGAUCUGUUGCAGCUUCUUUGAAAUCUACAUUAGGCCCCUAUUCCCAUCAAACUGAUUGGGUGGCAGUUGGGUCCCUGGUUAUUGCACUCUACUAAUAGGCAGAAAUUGUUUGAAGCAGGAUGGUUUAAUCUAAUUAUUGGUUUUGCUAGAGACCUUCUCCAUCUAUAGAACAUCGCCAUCUAGUGGCCAGAAAUAGAAGUUGCUGCACCGUGGAAGUCUUUUCCUUUGUUUAGGGCAAGCAAUAUGACAACUCCGGCUUAAAUAUGCUUGGAAACAAUAAGCUAUGUCGUCUUACAGUUAAGGGAAAGUAAAUGUAAGCUAAAGUUUGCCUUUAAACUGCACUAGAAGGUACAAUGGCUUGCUCUUGCUUUAAAUCUCCAUAGUGAUGUGUCACUUCGGUAAAACAAGGGCAAGACUGUAUCACCUAUUCUUCUAGUAUCCUCAGCUGUAGCCCUGUGAGUUUGAUAUCUCAGUUAAAGGAGAACUAAACCUCCCUCCAUGGGAUAACCUGGCGUUUUACACCUUUGGCUGUAUCUGUAUUCCCAUUAUCAGGCCACUUUAACAAUAUAUAGUAAUGCCCUAUGGGUAGGUUUAAUUGCCCCUGUGCUCCUCACUGUUCUUGCCCCUCGCUCAUCUCAUUGUGCCCAUUCAUUCAGCCAAUCCCUUAUUAUGAUUAUCCAGAAACCUAUUCCUGGCAGGCACUAGGGAUGCGUUGCCCCGUGGCACUCAGGGGUAUUAGGCAGUCUCGCCUCUCCCAUGUGUUCCCUUGGAAACCAAAGGACAAUUUUCGUGAUCAUUUUUUCUUUGGUUUUAUUUAUUUAUUUCCGUGUUUAAUAACCAGAUGAUUCCCUUCUCCGUCUGAAAGUCUCUUGCUUUAAUAUAAAAACCAUUUCUACAGAUAUGUAAAAUAAGAUAUUUAUAUUAAAGCAAAGCUAAACAGGGAUACCAAACUCACAGAGCAUCCCGCUGUUUUCUUCAACUAUAAGAUCUGUUAUCCAGAAAGCUCUGCCAUCUUCCAUAGAGCCCAAUGCAGUCCCUUGUACUGAUGUGCCGGUCAGUCAAAGCAGGUCAGGCGUGUCUGGGCCAAUCAUUUGCCCCCAGAGGCAGUUAGCGGGCCGUAUUCACCAUGACUCCGCCCCCUUACUGACCUCUCCAGACUGCCCUAGCCCUACGGGUGAUGGGGUGGAGCUUACUUAUACACUCGCCCAUAUCCCGGCUAUAUAAACUAGUGGGCUGGUUAGGCUCAGGGUGGGUCAGGGUUGGGUGCGGAUCAUGAUUUCCAAUCUCACUAGCACUUUGGUAACUAAGCUGCAUAAAUCUAUAUUUUUGGCAAGAAUAGUCCUAUUGGGUUCAUUUCGUGUUUAAAGUCAUCAAUUUCCAUCCAGAAUUGCCAAAUUACCUCUUAUUGGGAAACACCCAGUUCCCAGGCAUUCUGGACAAUGGAUACAAUAAAUAAAUAGAGAUAUAUAUAUAUAUAUAAAAGCCACUGGCUGGCUGAGCAUUCUGGGAGCUUGGGCAGAAGAUGAUAGGAACUGACAGGGGGAGGGGGGGGUUAAUAUUUGCACAAGUGGGAGGUUUUAAUUGUUUCUCUGCUAUGUCAAGAGCAUAGGCUGCUUUCAUUGGUUUAUAUCAGAGUCUUAUAUGUAGAUGUUUGGAAGAGAUUGAUGCUGCUAAAUCCCUAUUUCUAACCAUGCCGCACACUGGUACCAACACAGAAUGUGGGUCGGACUGGGCUGCCCGGGCACCAAAGUACCUCCUAGUGGCUCAGUUCCCAUCAGCCCCUUCUUAUUUCCACCAUAAGCCCAUAUAUCCCCCCUAACGUUUGUUCACCUUUACAUUAUCUUUUAAUAUGAUAAAGGCAAUGAGGCAAUUUGCAAUUGGUUUUUGUGGUUUUUCAGUUAUUAAACUGUUUGUUCAGUGGCUUUCCAGUUCGGAAUUUCAGUAGCUAUCUGGUUGCUAGGGUCUUGUCAACCUUAGCAACCAGGCAGUGAGUUAAACGGAAGACUGAAAUAUGAAUAGGAAAGGGGCUGAAUAGUCCGAUAAGUGAUAAAAAGUAACAAUAUUUAUUAGGGAUGCACCGAAUCCCGGAUUCGGUCCCAGAACCGAAUUUGAAUUCGGAAAGGGUUAAAUGGGCUACGCGCACGGCGAUUUUUAACCCCUUUCCGAUCCCAAUCAGCAUAUGCUAGUUAGGAUUCAGUUCGGGAUUCGGCUGAAUCCUGCUGGGUGGGUUUGGGGGUUCAGCGGAACCCCAAAAAGUGGGUUCGGUGCAUCCCUAAUAUUAAUGCAUUUGUAAGCUCACACAGCAAUAGAUUUUGGCUGUUGGGGUCAGUGACCCCCAUUUGAAAGCUGGAAAAAUGUAGAAGUGGAGGGCAAAAAGUUUGAAAACGAUAAUUAAUAAAUAAUGAAGACCAAUUGCAAGAUUGCUAGGCAUAGGACAGUCUAGAAAAGGCUAAAAUGAAUGUAAAGGUGAACUUAUUAAUGUAAGUGGAUGGCCCCAGUCGGACCCCGUCCAGAACAAACACCCUAUAACCCUUAUUCCCUCCCUAUCUUGCUAAGCACUUGUCAUUUUUAUAUAAAAAAAAAGCAAAAACAAAAAAAACCUCUCCAAUUUGUCUUGUAUCCAAAAUGCAUGAUUUUAACGCCAGAAGUUUUCAAACUUUUAUUGAUCGAAGAAGAAAAAAAAAAAAGGAGAAUAAUGGGCCGUUUGCAAGUGGAAUUCUAUGGUUUUUAUCGUGAUGGUUUUCGUUAUAUAUAUAUAGAUAUAUGGAGUCGUUUUUCAACAUACGGUACGAACCUGGAAACCACGUUAUUUGUUUGUUUUUUUUUUUGUUUGUUUUGUUUUUUUUUUAAUCAAAAUCUCCGAAGCAACAGGAACGUAUACACAACUCUAUAUAUGAAGUUUACAGUCGACACCUCUGAUAAGGGGGAGGAAUGGCGGAUGACACGUAUACAGUUGCUAAUAAAAUGUGCUCUAUAGAUUCUAUAUGAUUGUAAAUAUUUUAUACAGCGGUACAAAUAAAAUAUUUUUCUAUCGUUA